AGUCCGUGUGCCCAAAGUGCCUGUUGACCAUCCAGUGUCGUCUUCGAAUGUACCCGGUCAAGACUCAGCAUGUGCUGCAGGAAUCCUCUGUGUCUGACUCCUAGAAAUAGAUUUCUCUGCAGGUGGAAUGCCUCCUGUUCCUCAAGUGGCUCAACAGAUUAGCCAGGAGCAAAGCCAACAGCAAAAUGGACCAAACUUGUCAAGUUUGCAUAGUUCCUUACCUGCUCCACACAGCAGGAACACAGCUUUUCUUCAGCAAGUACAACCAGCAGGCUGUGUUAAGAAGCACGUGCUUUCGGUCCCAACUCCAGUUCCUGUACAGCAACAGGAAAAUGAGAUUCUGCAGCAAGUAACAGCACUGAGGAGGGAAGGUUUAUGGCCUCUGAAACGUCUGCCCAAACUCCAAGAGGCCCCACGGCACAGAUCACACCAUGACUAUCUUUUGGAAGAAACGCAGCGGAUGGCAACUGAUUUUGUUCAAGAAAGAAGGUGGAAGAUAACAACUGCCAAGAGACUGAUUUUAAGUGUGGCUCGUCAUCACGAGGAUAUGAUACUUCAUAAGGAAAAAUGCAAGAAAAGAGAAGAGAAGCAACUGAGGACUGUUGCUGCUUUUACUGCUAGAGAAAUUGAACAUUUCUGGUCCACCAUUAAACAGGUGGUAGAUUUAAAACUGCAAGUAGAGUUAGAAGAGAGGAGGAAGAAAGUAUUAAACUCACAGAACAUCUCAGAAAAAGAAAUAAGAGACUGCUUGAAUAAGAAAGAGAGCCUUCAGAAGGAAGUGGUGCUUCCAGAUCUUCUCACAUCUACUGUAAAGAAAUACAUGGGAGAUUUAGCAGACACCGCUGCUGUUGCGGAAGCGUUGUUACCCAAAGGCAGUGCUCAAAUCACAACAGUAGUAAAAAGUGAUGCUCCGUCUUUAUGGUGCGGCACUCUUGGAGAGUAUCAGAAGACUGGACUAGACUGGUUGGGAAAGCUGUAUAAGAUGAACCUCAGUGGCAUUCUGGCUGAUGAAGCUGGACUUGGAAAAACAGUGCAAGUUUUUUUUGCACACCUGGCAUGUAAUGAAGGUAACUGGGGUCCUAUUCUUGUUUCACGAAACUUUAAUGUGCUGAAGUGGGAGAUUGAACUGAAAUACUGGUGUCCUGCUUUGAAAAUUCUUCUGUAUCUUGGGAACCCAGGAGAACUUUUUAAAAAAAGGCAGAAAUGGACUGACCCCAACUUUAAUGUAUGUAUUGCCUCCUGCAAGCAAUUCUUUAAAGACUGUGAAGCAUUCAUGAAAGUACGAUGGACGUACCUAGUUUCAGAUGAGAGGCAGAACGUCAUCAUCAUUUACUCUUGA